AUGGGGAUCUUGGAGCGCAUCAAAGAGAUUGAGUUCGAGAUUUCACGAACACAGAAAAAUAAAGCAACGGAACACCACCUAGGCGGCCUGAAGGCCAAACUCGCUAGGCUUCGGUCCGAGUUGAUAGAGGGAUCAAAAAGCACGGGAGGCGCCAAGGGAGAAGGUUUUGAUGUUGCACGGCAGGGUGAUGCACGCGUGUGUCUUAUUGGAUUUCCGUCUGUUGGCAAAAGCACUUUGAUGAACUCUCUGACGGCAGAAGAAGCCGCAGAAGAAGGCCUUGCAAAAGAACGGAGUGCCGUAGGAGCCUACGAGUUCACCACGCUUACCUGCCAGCCGUCCGUCUUCUUCGUGGAGAACACAAAGAUUCAGCUGUUGGACCUUCCUGGAAUUAUUGAAGGGGCGGCGGAGGGCAGGGGCAGAGGUAGACAGGUGAUUGCCGUUGCACACUCUUGCGAUUUGGUCUUGAUGGUUUUGGACAGCACGAAAGACGACACUCAGCAACGGCUCCUCACCAAGGAACUUGAAGCUGUUGGUAUUCGGCUGAACAAGAAGCCCGCGAAUGUCAGCUUCAAGCCAAAGAAGGCAGGAGGCCUUACCGUCAACUUCAUUGUACCGCAAUCUGAGCUGACGCAAAAGGCAGUGCAGCAUAUUCUGCACCAAUACAAAAUAUUCAAUGCAGACAUCGUUGUGCGUGAGGACUGCAGUACCGACGAUUUCAUUGACGUCAUUGAGGGGAAUAGGAAGUUCCUCAAGUGCAUCUAUGUCUACAAUAAGGUUGACAUGCUUUCGAUCAAAGAAAUUGAUGAGAUCGCCAGGCGACCGAACAGCGUUGUUGUCAGCAGCCAGGCUGGCUGGAAUUUGGAACGGCUAAAGCGGCAGGUCUUCGACUCUUUGGAGGUUUGCAGAGUAUACACAAAGAAAAAAGGACAUUUACCAGACUUUGACGACCCUAUAAUCCUCACAGGCCAGCGUGGGCCCUGCACUGUUGGCAAUGCAGUGUCGCUGAUCCACAAAGAUUUACUGAAGGACUUCAAGUAUGCAUUUGUGUGGGGAGCCAGCGCCAAGCACCAGCCUCAGCAUGUUGGACUCGGGCACGAAUUGGAGGACGAAGACGUCCUUCAAAUAGUCAAGAAAAUCUAG